AAUACUUUGCUUUCUUCUUCCAUGACCCAACCCCAUCAUCUCAAUUAUUCUUUACAGACAAUCACACACUCUGCUUUCCAUGGAUCCAACUCACCCAAAAGUUGCCAAAGAUCUCUCUCCCCUAAUCAAGAUAUACGAAGAUGGGAGUGUUGAGAGAUUCAUGGGCAUCGAUAUCGUCCCUCCUUCUCUUGAUGAUCCAAAAACCGAUGUUCAAUCCAAAGAUGUUGUCUACUUCCAAGAAGCUAAUCUUUCUUCAAGACUUUACCUACCAAAAUCCAUCGACCCAUCAAACCAAAAGCUCCCUCUGUUGAUUUACUUUCAUGGCGGAGGCUUCUGCAUCGAAACUGCCUUUUCUCCAACCUACCAUAACUAUCUCAACACACUAGUUGCAGAGGCUAAGAUUAUAGCAGUCUCCGUUGAUUACAGAAGAGUUCCAGAGCAUCCUCUCUCUACUGUGUACGAUGAUUCAUGGUCUGCUCUUCAAUGGGUUGCUUCUCAUGUUAAUGGCAAUGGACCUGAAGAGUGGCUAAAUCUUCAUGCAGAUUUUGGUAAGCUUUUUCUCGCAGGAGAUAGUGCUGGUGCUAAUAUAUCUCACCACAUGGCCUUGAGAUUUGGUGAAGAGAAACUCCCAGGCGUUAUCCUUAAAGGGAUCGUCCUCAUACAUCCUUACUUUUGGGGGAAAGAGCCUGUGGGAGAUGAACCUAAGGAUUCAGAAACAAGAUCAAAGGUUGAAACUUUGUGGCUUUUUGCAAGUCCAACAACAAGUGGGUCGGAUGAUCCUUUAAUUAAUCCAGCUUUUGAUCCGAGAUUGGCGAGGUUAGGAUGUUUAAGGGUCCUCGUGAUUGUUGCUGAGAAGGAUUUGUUGCAAAAUAGAGGAUGGUAUUAUUAUGAGAAUCUGAAGAAGAGUGGAUGGAAAGGAGUGGUGGAGAUCAUGGAGACUAAGGAAGAAGACCAUGUGUUCCAUUUGUUCAAACCUAGCUGUGAGAAUGCUGUGGCCAUGCUUAAGCUUAUCUGUUCUUAUCUGAACGAAGAAAAGUGAAGCUUCCUUUGAGUUGGGGACUCGUGGGUGGGGUCCUUCUUGUUAUGGGUGUCUACCAAUUAUCUUUGAGCUUCUGGGUUUUCAGAUUAUCUUCUUGAAAUGCUAUAAUAUAUAUAUAAGCAAUAAUGGCAAUCUGAGAAUGUGUUUGUAUCGUGGGAAAAUAAAUAAGAAAGGAAAAUUAGGAAGCA